AUGGGCUCCUCCACUCCAAACGAAGUAGCCCCGCCCUACGAAGAACUAUACUCACAGCGGCCAUCAAACCCACUGACAGGCUACUCCCGCGUCGCCGCCGCCGACGAACUCGAUCUCGAGCGCGACGCACACCAGCACGAUUCAACAUCUCACGAUGAACUAAACGAAUCCCAGCUCAACUCUACCAAGCCGCAUACCCACUGCGAGGAAUGCGAUCGCCAACUUGAACGGCGGGAGAGACGGCGCAGCAAGGAACAUUGCUGUACUAUGGUUUCGCGGACUUUUAUCACUAUUGCGUUGUUUUUGAUGAUUUUCGGCGUUGUGGCUGUGCUUGGUUUGAGGAAGAAGCAUUGA